AUGGCAGUAUUGGUAGACCGUCGCCGUCGCGGUGCAGCUGUUCGAUAAGAAAGAAGUCGAUCGGAGUGUUUUGAGAUAAACCACGCAUUUUGGUUGCUUGAAUUAAUUUACCACGUGAAUCAGUGAUUUUUCAAUGAUUAUUACUAAAAGGAAGUGUUGUUUUUGAAGUGGUAGUUUAAUUAUCUGAGGAUUUUGCGUCGCUCAGAGGCAAAGCAAAAUGGAUUUCAAAACAGCCGUUUUUAACGCUGCGAGAGAUGGGAAUUUAACGCGAUUGAAAGUGUACCUACACAGUUGGCGCUCCGCAGACGAGCUGAACAUGUUGGUGGGUGCAAAGGUGGGCGGCGCCACACCGCUGGUGAUCGCCUGCAGGAACGGACACUACGACGUGGCCGAGUACCUCAUCGAAAGGUGCAAGGCUGACAUCGAGCAGCCCGGCUCAGUGACAUUCGACGGCGAGACGAUAGAGGGCGCCCCGCCGCUCUGGUGCGCGGCGGCUGCCGGCCACCUCCCCCUCGUGCGCCUUCUAGUCCGCGCUGGCGCGUGCGUCAACUCUACCACACGCACGCACAGCACGCCGCUGCGCGCCGCCUGCUUCGAUGGACAUUAUGACAUCGUCAAGUUCCUGGUGGAGAGUGGAGCAGACAUAGAAAUAGCGAAUCGGCACGGUCACACGUGUCUAAUGAUAGCGUGCUACAAGGGUCACAUCCGAAUCGCCAAGUACCUGCUAGCGCUCAACGCCGAUGUCAACAGGAAGAGUGUUAAAGGCAAUACUGCACUACACGACUGCGCGGAGAGCGGGUCGCUUCACAUACUCAAGAUGCUGUUACAACACGGUGCUACCAUGGACGUUGACUCGUACGGUAUGACUCCACUACUAGCAGCCUCAGUAACCGGCCACACACACAUCGUAGAACAUUUAAUCAACGCAGAAAAUGGCCUGGUGACGCGACAGCAAAGGAUCGACGCUUUAGAACUGUUGGGCGCCACAUAUGUUGACAAGAGGAGGGACAUGGUCGGCGCGCUUGCGUUGUGGAAGAGGGCGAUGGACGACCGGUUCCCGUCGGACGGCAGCCCUCCAAUCCUCAAGCCCAAAGAUGUGCCCCGCAUUGAGGCGUACGAAUGGGCCGCGGAGCCCUGCGACGCUGCCGCCCUGAGGGAAUUAUUAGCUGACCCCGACGCCAUGAGGAUGCAGGCGCUAGUGCUUAGAGAAAGAAUAUUAGGCCCAGCGCACCCGGACACAUCGUACUACGUGCGCUACCGCGGCGCGGUGUACGCGGACGCGGGCCGCUUCGCCCGCUGCCGCGCGCUGUGGCACCACGCGCUCGACAUGCAGCGCGCCGUGCUGCCGCCGCUCAGCCCGCUCACGCAGUCCAGCCUCUACUCCUUCGCCGAGCUGUUCGCCUACAUGCGCGCCGAGCGGGCCCGUCCCCCCAACCGCGGCCGCAUCGUCCCACCCGUCACAUUCGAGGACAUCGACCCAGUAUUCAAAAAGGCUCUUUCAGAAAUCCACCGCGGCAUGGAGCUACUCAAGUCAAAGCUCAGCAUCGACAGGGAGCAGACCUUAACCACUCUACAGCGCGUCUUAGUAAUAUCAUUACACUUAGCAGCUUUACUGGCAAGGCUAUUGGAAGAACCGGAGUGUACUGAGGAGGAUUCUAGGGCCAUACAUCAAGCAGUGUAUUCGCUGGUCAAGUUAGAUAUCAAGGUGCGGGCGGGGCGGUCGGCGCUGCACGUGGCGUGCUCGGCGGAGGCGGCGCGCGCGCGCGGCGCGUGGCUGCCGGCGCCCGGCGACGCGGCGCCGUGCGCGGGCGCGCUGCUGCGGCUCAUGCUGCGGCUCGGCGCCGUGCCCCACGCGAGGGACGCCCGAGGCGACACGCCGCUCCACCUCGUCUGCAAGCUAAACCCGUGUCCGGCGGACGUGGUCCGCUCGCUGCUCGAGCACGGCGCGCACAUCGACACCGUGAACUACGAGGGCGAGACCCCCGCGGAGAUCCUGAAGGCCUCCAACCAGUCCCUCGCCUCCAUCGUCAACCCCCUCAAGUACACCACGCUCAAAUGCCUCGCCGCGCGCACCGUCAAAAACUACAAACUCCCCUACAGACAUGUCGUGCCGCAGUGCUUGCAUUCUACCAUUAUCAACCAUUGAGCGAACCGAAGCUGUGAGUAUCGGCUACUUUAAUGCGGCUCGAAUUCUGUACAUUGGCAGUCUUUGGAGAAGCUGUAUUGACGGGAAGCGUAUGUCAGUCCUUUGUCUAGUGACGAUGAUUCGAUGUUUAAUAAACCUCGUGACCGGUUACGAACUAGAUUUGACCUUAUUUGUGUUGAAUGUCGAUGCACUACAAACUUCCGACGAUAUUUUCAUUUAAUUUUGAAGAUUAUAUUGAUUGAUUGAUUUAUUUAUUUAUUGGUAAAAUCAUUGUUUUACAGGUCAAGAUUACAAUUACAGUCAUAUUUAUGUACAUGUACAUAAUAACACAAUUUGAGUUUUAAAUGUAUUCACGAUCGUACAGGGGUGUUACAUUGAAUUGUUUUUUACACGACAUUUAUAUUGUGAUUUUAUUUGUAGUUAUGCGUAGAUGGUGUGUCGGUGUCUAUACAUCAAAUAUACACUGUACAUGUUAUGUCUCUGAGGCUACUCGACCCACUUUCAUAGCGGAGUCAUUUGCACCGAUUUAUCACUGUAUUUACCUAAUAUAUCGAUUUGAAAAUUAUCAGAUCAAUAUUUAUGAUUUAUAUCUCCACGAUGCGGGUACAAGGUUCACAUUUUUAGUUCAUAUUUUAUUUAUAUUAAUAGAUUUUUGGUUCAAUGCAAUACUACGGGAAUAAUAUAAAAUUACAUGACAUAAUAUAAAAUUGAUGUGAUUGAUAUUGUAAUAUUUUUAUCGUAAAUAUUUAUAACUGUCGCCAUGGGUCGAUAUAUAGCUAUAUUUUAGCUAUGUUGUAUGUACAGAUUUUAAUAAAUAUUAGCGUGGCCGAGACGCAGAAAUUAUUUAAAAGAACCAUGGAAAUGUUUCUUUUGAACCUACAUUAUUCUUCAGUUGUGCUGAAAAGUUCAAUAGUUUUCCAAAGAAACAAUUAACCGUGACAAACUAUGUAUAUUUUUGUUUGUUGAAUGUUAUGUGUAAAAAAAUGAUAAAGCUCAAUUUAAUUCUGGGUUGCUCAAAAUGCACCACAAUCGAGGCUACUUAUGUGUGAAAAAAAAAACGUUAUAUUAUCUUGUCUUGCCAACGUAGAAACCCGUGUUUAUUUGAAUAUGUCUAUUAUAUUUUGGGAAACAUUUGAAACAAUUUUGAAUGGACAAUUAUCAUGAUUAAUGUAAAAUUGAUAGACAACAUUUCAAUGUAUCGUAUCAAGUGCUAGCCACCAGCAAGCCAGCGGAAUAAUUAGUUGCGAAAAUAUCUACACUAAUAACAUCUGACAACAUCUCUAUUGCGCUGACAAUAGAGACUUUUGUGAGUAGAUACUUUUGCACUUAUGCUUUUAUAUUUUACAAUGAUUAAUUGACGUAAAUAUCCAUGGUCCAUACUUGUCCAUAUUUAGAUAAAACUAAUUAUAAUAUAAAGAGCGCUUGUAAAUGUAUAUUUCUGUGUGAAUUUAAUUCCAAAUGGGGACUUAAAUAAGAGCUAUGUUAGAGAAAUGCGCAUUUAAACUAGUGGUGUAAAGUUGUGGCAGGCCACAACCACCAAGCGAGGACGCUUCAUUACUUUUUACGAAUUUACAUUUCAAUUGACGUACAUUUUCGAUGUCAUAAUGUAUGAAGGUGUCAUUUGUAUGGUCACUUCGUCCGCAUAUUAGAUGUUGGCGGUUAAAAAGUACGACAAAAUGUACGACUUAUUCGGUCAAUAAGGCAAUACUGGGAAUUACUACUAUUAUAAAGAUUGAUUGUCAACUGACAGUGUUACCUUUUGCUUUAGAUUAGAACUUCACAGCUGAUUGUUUGUAAAAUGUAAUGACUUUUUUCUCAACCCACUGCCAAGAUUCAUAAAUGCUUUAGUACGACACUCUCAUUGACGAUUAAAGAGAUAUCUCGGAGUCAGUAGUAAGAAUCACUGAACAUCAUUUAACACAUUAUUAGCUUUAAAAUAGACACUCGUCAAAUCAAGUCAAAAUCAGAAGUGACUAAUUAUGGUCUACCCAGAACGCUUCUUUCAAAAACUUGUCACACUAUGAAAUUGUCAUGCGAACUUGUUAGUUUUUCUCCAUAGAUUUCUAGUUUAGACACCUUGGUUGGUCUGACGAGUGUAUGAAAAGUCCUUUGUUAGAUCUCGGGCCAAGUGAUAAUCGCUUUUAGAAGUUCUCAUUGUAAAUGACCGCCGUGCUUACCGUUCGCCAACAGAGAAAAGUACGCCACUCUCUUACAAAAAUAUUUUAGAUACAAUUGGGUUAUAAGAAAAUACUUCAAUAAUGGAUUACUUUUCUCUUGUUACCAUGAACGUACUUACCCCGUCUCUUUCACGUUGGAAGAGUAGCGCGUCUGGUUGACUAGUCCUCCUAUUUUAAUUACAUUCAUAAAUGUAUACUCAUUUUUUUACAUAGUUUAAUCAACGAAUCAUUGAAUUUGUAAACGCAUUGUAAAAACAAAUUAGUAUAAGUAGACGAUUAGAAAUUAAUAAUGUUGAAAUUGGUAAUGAUUUAAUGAUUAUAUUUAGAUGGGUCAGCCAUUGGAACUGAAUGUAGAUACAAAUGGAAUAUGAUAGUUACGUGUUAGCGCAGUCCAUUGUUAAUCGUAAUGCGCGUAUUUCUUAUAGUAUAUUUUGAACUUAGUAUACAUUGCGUGAUUACGUACCUACUAGUUAUUUUUUGAUGAUAUUAAUAAAAAUGCUUUAAAAUAA